GAAGGAUUAAACGACUUGCUUACAGCGUGGUCAUUGUGAUAGUGUGGAUUUUUAAUAUCUUAGUAUGCUUAUGAAAGAAUACCGAAUAUGUAUGCCGCUGUCAGUUGAAGAGUAUAAAAUAGGUCAGUUGUAUAUGGUAGCCAAACAUUCCAGUGAACAGAGCGAGAAAGGGGAAGGAGUAGAGGUCGUUAAAAAUGAGUCGUGUUCCCAUCCUGAAUAUGGUGAGGGUCAAUUCACAGAGAAACGGGUUUAUUUAUCAAGUCGAUUGCCAGCCUGGUUGCAGUCGUUUAUUCCUAGAAUAUUUUACGUGACAGAGAAAGCAUGGAAUUAUUAUCCCUAUACAAUAACAGAAUAUACAUGUUCGUUUAUUCCCAAGUUUAAUGUAUAUAUAGAAACUAGAUAUGAAAACAAUAAUGGCUCAUCUAACAAUUGUUUAGGUAUAGGAGCUGAUCAGUUAAGUUUACGCACGGUAGAUUUUAUAGAUAUUUUACAUGAUCAAGUACCUGAUAAGUAUUAUAAAGAGGAGGAGGAUCUGAGUAAGUUUGGAUCGAGGAAAACCAACAGAGGACCUCUACAAAAUGGUUGGGAUAAAACAUCUAAUCCUAUAAUGUGCUCGUAUAAACUGGUAAAAGUGAAAUUUGAAGUUUGGGGUUUACAAACUAAAGUUGAAGGUUUUACUCACAAAUCUAUACGAGAUAUAUUAUUAUUAGGACAUAAACAAGCGUUCGCCUGGAUAGAUGAAUGGAUUGAAAUGUCUGAAGAAGAUGUACGAAGGUAUGAAAAGAGUAUGCACGAAGAAACGAACAAGAGAGUUUUAGCUGGAUCACGAUCAACAUCACGACUUGGAUCUCAAGGUGAUUCACGAUCAGGAUCUACCUCAUCACAACCGUGA